AUGCCCCCUAGGGGCCAGGUGGAAUGGCGGCAUUGGCUCAAGCACAAAGACCUCUAUGGCCCUCUCAGCUCCGUCACUGCCUUGGGUCAGACUAUCGUCGUCAUUCACGACAAGCAAGCAGCGCUGGAACUCAUGGAAAAGCGGGCAGUAUCUCAUUCUGGAAGGCCGAGCGCAACUUUCGCCAUGGAAAUGAAGCAGAAGUUGGAAGAUUUAUGCAUGGUGGCUUCGAUGCUUCUCAAGAUGAUCUAUGGCUACCGUGUUGAGAAAGACAAGCCCGACCCUCUGGUCGAGAUAAACGAUCUACUGGUAGACAUCUUCGCCUCAGCGACCGUGCCCGGAGCGUGGCUCGUUGACACUGUUCCAUGGUUCAAACAUGUCCCCGGCUGGAUGCCCGGGACCAAUUUCAAAGAUGUGGCGCGCAAGGCACAGCUGGUGGUCACUGCGGCUGCUAGAAUACCAUUUAGGUUCGCAAAGCAGCAAGAGGAGACGAAUGGCACAACAAAGCGAAACCCUUGCUUGGUAAGCGAGAUCCUGCGCACGACCCAAGAUGCGAAGAUCAUCAGCGAUGAAGAUAUCCAGUGGACAGCUGCAUCUCUGUAUGGCGCCGGCGUCGAUACGACAGGGUCAACACUUCGGACCUUCUUCCUGGCCAUGUCGAAGUGCCCGGACGUGCAGAAGAGGUCCCAGCAAGAGAUUGACAAGGUCGUGGGCGCUGAAAGGCUUCCGGGCCAGGGAGAUCGUGCCAGCCUCCCAUACAUCAACGCGGUGGUCAAGGAAUGCCUCCGUUGGCUACCAUCGGUUCCGUUAGGCAUCCCCCACGCCGCGGAGGCUGAUGACGAGCUACACGGCUUCCGCAUCCCUAAGGGCGCCAUUCUGAUGCCUUCGACAUGGUGGUUCACGCGUGAUCCAUCGGUGUACCACGACCCAGAGAAAUUCUUGCCUGAGAGGUACCUCGCCCCCUUCGAGGAGCCGGAUCCGGCUAGCUUCGUGUUUGGCUUUGGCCGUCGUAUAUGUCCUGGAAGGCGCCUUGCUGAGGCGACUGUCUUCUUGACGAUUGCAAAGGUUCUCGCCGUAUUUAAUAUAAGCAAGGCUCUGGAUGAUGUUGGGCGGGAGGUCGAGCCGGAGAUUGGUGUUGGGCCCGGCGCGGUCGCCUCACCUCUUCCCUUUUCUGUUGUCGUUGAGCCGCGGAGCGGGGCUGCUGCUCAACUGGUCUGCUCAAUUCAGGCAGAACAUCAAUCAGAGGAGGGCGACGCAAAGCAUCUUGACGAGGACGUGUCUCACUUGUUCCAUUAG